CAAGGUCAAGAAGCUAUGCUAAGGCUAUGCAAAGGCCAAGGAGUGUAGCUCUCGCUCUGGGGCAGGACCCCACUCCUGCCCCUAUGAAGAGCUGCACCAGAUCCUGGGGAACUUGGAUGUGUAGACACCAGAGCUCCCCUGGCCAGAGCUCCUUGAGGAGGACAACGACGAGGAACAACAGCUGCAGGAAGAGGAGGACAUUGGCAGCAUCGUCACCCUCAGCCUGGAGCCGAUACCCCAGGCCCAGUAGAUCUCCCAGGCUGAGGCCAGGGAGGGAUCAUCAGCCUGAACCAGCUGUCACUGAAGGGCGAUCCACGCUAUCACAGGCAGCCGCCCAAAGCUGGGGGAACCACAAGCGCUGGAGGCUCCAUGAAGACCUCGUGAAAAAGCACGUUGCAGUCCUGCGUGACAUGCAGCAAACCCUGGCCCAAAAGAUAGUUUGAAUCUCAAUAUCCAGCUGUUGGGGUUCUUCAGACUACAGUUGAUGUGUUGAAAGAUUAACUCAGACGCCAUCAGUGAAUGUGGGUUGAAGGCCUCCAGCAUGUCAAGAAAGACCAGAAAAAAUGCAAUGAACAUUAUGCAUCCGGGAAGAUGAGAGAAUUUCUUAAAAGAGAACACACCAGAAACCUUUCUGUCAUGCAGCUGGAAGACGUGGUCACACAUUUUUGAUAUCUGUCUAAUUUUCUAACGAGCUCCCUAUCAGGCUGUCUGGUGACCUUGUAAAUCUUGGACCUUUGUGACAAAUGUGCCUUUGAAAUUUGCAGUAAACAGUUCAUUCUCUGGAAGAGCCAACUGUUAGAAAAAUCACUAUUUGAAGAAUCAUGUCAAAAAACCUGGAGAUCAUCAAUUUGUCAUUUUUAUUGGAACAUGAAAGGGAAACAAUACUGGGAGUAUUGAAGAGGGAUGAGUAUUUGAAAAAAGUGGAAGAUAAGAGGAUAAGGAAAUUGAAGAAUGAGUUGUUGGAAGUGAGACGGAAAGGUGGAAACCGCCAUUGCCAUCAGGACCGUGGCAGGGUCUGUGUUCGCUGUCAAAAAAACCUGGGCUUUAUCUUUGACAGGGGGGACCAGUGCUAUGAAUGUAAACUCAGAGUUUGCAACAAAUGUCGAGUUUUGGGACAUGAUGGGAACUGGAAGUGCACAGUGUGUGCCAAGAUUGCACAGCUAAGAAUAGUGACAGGUGAAUGGUUUUUUGAAGAAAGAGCAAAGCGCUUCAAACAAUCCAACCUCCUUGGAACUGAUGUUGUCAGACAGUCCAUCCUACGCAAAGUUCCAGAUACUGUUCCUGUUAAGACAGAAGGAGGACAAGCUAAAGAUGACGCUCAGGAGAAAGUAGAACAAAGGCCAGAUACACCAGCUUCCUCCACAAGUGGGCAGAAAUCAAUGUUCAGUGGACCCCGGAAGAUAGGGAAGGCCCUGAGGGCAAUGACCAAAGGAGAAAUCACAAAUGUGAAAGCCGAAGACGGAAGAAGCAGCAGUUCAGAAGCCGACGCCCAAAGUUUACGCAGUGUCAGGUCAACUCCCUGCUCUGACCGGGGAAGCACUCUUUCGUUGAACAACAAUGACCCAGAGACCCUUCCCAGUAACGUGAAAGGCACAGUGAGCUCUGUGAACCGAAGCAAUGCCUCCACUCCAGUCCAUCCGAGGUCACCAGCACUGAGCACACGCAGCAUGACUUCAGAUUACAGCAGGGACCCUGGUUUAAAAAAUGGCACUUCUGUGCCUGAAAGUGAAAGUGUACCUGAAGAUUUAGUGAAGAAGCACCAGAGAAAUGCAUCUGGAACACCUUCAAUAGCAGUUUCUAGAGCAUCUCUAGCAUCAGAUCUCAGCAGAUCGGAGAUAGAUUUGAGUGGGUCCUUCUCAGAAGAAAACAAGGAUACUAUAAGCUUAAGAAGUAAAUCUGUACCUGAAGCUUUAGACCAGAACCUGGAUUACCUGGAUGAGAUAGAGGAAGACGCAGAUGACAUUGUGGCCUCUCAUUAUCUUAGACAUCGUGGAGCCUUGGCAAGUGGAUUAUCAACAAACUUUUCUGAAGGCUCUGACAGGAAAUGCUCCUUCUUAAAUGUACCUGAAGCAGAUGGUGAUACUACUAGCAUUAACAGCAUGAUGAGUGUUUACAGUGAAACUGGGGACUAUGGCAACGUGAAAGUCAGUGGGGAAAUACUUCUCCACAUCAACUACAGCUACAAAACUGGUGCCCUAAACAUCCUGGUAAAAAACUGCAGAAACCUGGCCAUAGCAGAUGAAAAGAAGCAAAGAACAGAUCCCUAUGUCAAAGCAUACCUCCUGCCAGACAAAUCUCGCCAAAGUAAACGCAAGACCAAAAUCAAAAGUAACACCACUAAUCCAGAGUUUAAUGAAACACUAAAGUAUGUCAUCAGUCAUACACAGCUAGAGACCAGGACCUUACAGCUUUCUGUCUGGCACUAUGACAGAUUUGGGCACAACAGCUUUCUUGGGGAGGUAGAAAUUCCUUUGGACUCCUGGAAUUUUGAAAAUCAGGCAGAUGAAUGGUUUGUGCUUCAACCCAAGCUGGAGGUUGCAGCAGAUGUUGGGCUUCAAUAUAAAGGAGAGCUGAUAGUUGUUUUACGCUACAUUCCCCCUGAGAAGAAUCUAAUGCUUCCACUUGGACAGUUUCAAGGAAAGAAGAGUUUAAGAAAGGGAAGGAAAGGAUCUGCACAGCUGCCUUCUGGGGGUAUGUUAGAGGUCAUUAUCAAAGAAGCCAAAAAUUUAACAGCUGUGAAAUCAGGAGGCACCUCUGACACAUUUGUUAAAGGGUAUCUGCUCCCAGAUAACAGCAAAGCAACAAAACAUAAAACUCCUGUAAUAAAGAAGAGUGUGAAUCCCCACUGGAAUCACACCUUCACUUUCAGCGGCCUGAACCUUGCAGAUCUACACAGCGUCUGCCUAGAAUUGACAGUCUGGGACAAGGAGUCACUCUCCAGCAACAUCUUUCUGGGAGGUGUCCGUUUGAGCACUGGAAGCGGUUUAAGUAACGGGAAGGAAGUGGAUUGGAUGGACUCUCAUGGGGAAGAACAGCACCUCUGGCAAAAGAUGAUUGACAAUCCUGGCGCCUCUGUAGAAGGUAUAUUAAUGCUGAGAUCUAGCAUGGGAAAACGCAGACUCUGAGAGCAAAUGGCUUGCAUAAGGAUAAACUGAUGUGACUCUUAACUCUUGUGGGGUACCACAAGGACACCUGGCAUUAGUGGAAUUCAGUCCGUUGUAACUUUCCACAUGUGUAAGUGGGGAAGAAAGACUCCUCUUUGCCUUGGAUUUUGAGGCUUCUGAGUUGGAUUAUAAUGCAUUCUGCACUUUCCUGCAUCUGUGUUCUUAAGCCGAUGUUCCUUAUACUAGUGAAACUCUUACUGAAGUCAGUGAGAAAGCUACCUGAAUAUAGAAUACAAAAUCAGGCUUUGUUUGUUUGUCUCGGGACAGAAAUAUGGUCUAAUAAUGUAAACAUCCAUGAAGAAUAUGGAGCAAGCAAAUGCAUUAGUCAUUUGAUGACUAAUGAUUAUUUAUGGUAUACACUAAUUUGAAGCAAGUUUGGAAUUCAAAAUGAGAUUACAAAACCACUAGAUUCCAAGCAGUCUGAAUGAAUAAUUAACAACAUCCCUUCCCUUAUAUGUUCAGUAAUUUGAACUGUUUCAUUAUAGCAAGCUUUGCAACAAGCAUCACUACAAGAAAAACAGCAGCCAUUUGGGUAUUUAGAAAUAGGUGACAGAUGUGCUGCU